AUGAUUUUUUCCAUAUCUUCACAGGCUGCUUCAGUUCGAGCAGAAUCAUUGAAAGUAUUGAUACCAUUAUAUGAAGAGCAUGAGCUAACAAGCAAACUGAAAAUAUUUACGCAUAGAUAUCAAAGGAGACUUGUAAGUUUAACUUGGGAUAAGAGCCGAUGCAAUCAAGAGAUUGCAAUACAGCUUGUCACGGCUAUGUUCGGGUCCUAUCCGUACUUAUUCACCAGGAAAGACUUGAAUACGGUUUCAAGUUUGAUGUUCUCUCCAAAUCGAAAGGUUGCAGUGGCAGCAGGAACGUUUUUUCAUAAUGUUUUUUUGAAAUUGGAUGAAGAUUCAAAUGGGGCCGGGUUUGGGGUUCGAUGGUUCAGGCAUGUUUCAACUUCCAUCAUUGUAUUGAAAGGACUAAAUUUUAUUUCUUAUCUAGUGGAUGCCCUAGUCGCAAACAUUGAGAUAAUGAAAGAUUGGAAUUCGAUGAUCCAUAUUUUAACUCAAGAAAAUGAUGAUCCUUCGACCCCAAUCCCCCAACUUCAAGAAAUUUUAAUUGAAAUUAUGUUCUGGUGUGCAAGUCUUUCAAGUACUGGUGAAUAUCCGGGGGAGAGAGCAACUGAUAACAUGGUCCCAAGUUUAAAACAAAGAAAACAAAUGAAGGAAGAAAAAUUAAAUAUCACAAAACAUCUAAUGCCUGUUAUAGCAAUUCUGUUGGCUCGCUUCAAAACCAAUGUGAAUUGUAUUAUUCAUUUAAUCAGAAUACCUCAAUAUUUUGACCUCGAAAAUACAAGUGAGAUGGAAGAUCUGCAUUUAAGGAAUUUAUUGGGCGCUCUGCAAAACAUCGCCCAGGAGUGUACCGACACAAUAGUGUUAGACAACUGCAGCAAGACUUUGCAUUGCCUUUAUAAGAGGGCAAGCAUUGUUGCAGAUUGCGAUGCCGCCAUAUCGACCAUUGUCGACGAAUGCGCAUUUGUAUAUAUGGAGCCAUAUCUUUUAUGGCAAAGUAUUAUGGAUGGGCAAAUGGAUCCAAAAUAUGCUAAGAAAGAGGAUUUUCCUCGGAUUGUAAAUUCUCUGAAGAAAAUAUACAUUUUCCACUAUUUACAUAACAUAAAUUAUUUAGAUAUAUGGGAUGAUUUUUUAGAAGAAUUUAAAGUGUUUAGGAAUGGUGUCUUUGAAAGAAAUCUUCCUAUCGAGGGAUCGAUAUACUGCCUACUUUCCUACGGCACAUAUUUAUCUUGGGAAUUGAUGGAAGUAAAAGAUAUGGAUCUAAAUAAUAUGGUACUCAAUGCUAUGGCUUGUAUGAAACGAGCCGAUGUAUUGAAGUUGCUGGUAAAGUGGUAUUUAUAA